AUGAGGGCGUCGGCGAGCGCGAGCGCGUCCACGAGCGCGACGACGACGACGACGACGACGACGACGACGAACGUGCAACAGUUUAGGGUGUAUCGCUGGGAUCCCGAUUCGGGGGACGAACCGAAGUAUAAAACCUACGACGUCGACACGAACGAUUGCGGACCGAUGAUGCUGGACGUGCUGUUUAAGAUCAAGGACGAACAGGAUCAGACGCUGAGCUUUCGACGAUCGUGCAGAGAGGGGAUCUGCGGGUCGUGCGCGAUGAACAUUAACGGGCGAAACGGAUUGGCGUGCCUGACCAAGGUGGAGAAGACGGAGAAGGGGGCGCAGACGAUCGCGCCUCUGCCGCACAUGUUCGUGGUGAGAGAUUUGGUGGUGGAUAUGGCGAACUUUUACGCGCAGUAUAAGUCGAUUGAACCAUUUUUGAAGACGAAGAGCGACGCGCCGGCGAACGGCGCCGAGCGCUUGCAAACCAAGGAAGAUCGAGCCAAGCUCGACGGGUUGUACGAGUGCAUCUUGUGCGCGUGCUGCUCGACGUCUUGUCCGUCGUAUUGGUGGAACAGCGACAAGUAUCUCGGACCCGCGGUGCUACUUCAGGCGUACCGAUGGAUCAUCGACUCGCGCGACGAGUUCACCGAGGAGCGGUUGGCCAACGUCAACGACGCGUUCAAGUUGUACCGAUGUCACACGAUCAUGAACUGCAGCAAGGUGUGCCCGAAAGGCUUGAAUCCAGCGCUUAAGAUUGCGAAAAUUAAGCAAAUGGUGGCGUGA